AAAUCAUUUUACUUACAACAUUCACACAAUAAUUUUUUAACUAUUCUAUAUUAACUUUUGGUUUGGAUUAACUGUAGCAUCUUUUUUUUUUCUUUUAAUACCAAGUCCAUUUGCUUGUGAAGUUAAAUUAUCUAAUCCUUUAACUUUUAAAGUAUGGUGUAUCUAAUGUUUUCCCCUCCAAAAUUUUAAUAAAUCCUGCUCACUUCCCUUUAAAAGGGUGUUGAUAAGAAGCCACAGGGCUGAGCUUAGUGAUACCUUAUUGGCUACUGAUAGGGUUAGAUAGCAGGUCUACAUUAACUAGUGGUGUGUGUACCUGCUUGUUUACAUCAUAUCUUUGUGGUAGUAUCAGUGAAAGGACAAACUUCAUCAUGGGAUCCAUCGUAUCCAGGAUCACCAGAACCAAAUCAACAGUGUAGUGACUAUGGCCAAAAGCAAUAAUGCCAAAGUCUCGGAGUCCUCUACUUCUCCACGUCAGCGUAAAUCUACCAAUGGUCUUCACACAUCGCCCUCAGAAGUUAAGUUCCAUACCAUGACUGACACUUUAGAAACGGAGAGGAAGGAAAGGGAGAAACUGGUUCUCUGGCGCCAUCCACUGACCACCUUGCAGUACUUUGUUCUAGAAGUUUUUGUGCUCGCCUCCCUUUUGGGAAACAGGUUAUACAAAAGGAAAAAAUCAGUUGCCUUGACCUUAGUGUUAAUCAGCAUAGCAUAUGUGAUUUAUCAAAUGGAUGGUCCUCAUCAAAAGUUUGUACAGUCUGUAGAGAAAAAGUUCUUGUGGUGCGCCUACUGGGUCGGUCUCGGCAUUCUUUCAUCUGUGGGUCUGGGCACUGGUUUACACACAUUUUUACUCUACUUGGGUCCACACAUAGCAGCCGUAACAUUGGCAGCUUUUGAGUGUAAAUCUACAAAGUUUCCAGAACCACCGUACCCAUCUGAGAUUAUCUGCCCUGAGAAACAAGACAAUCAAAAUAUGUCAAUAUGGGCAAUCAUGAGUAAAGUUCGUUUAGAAGCUAUUAUGUGGGGAGCAGGGACAGCCAUUGGUGAGCUGCCACCAUAUUUCAUGGCCAGGGCAGCUCGCUUGUCUGGUGUAGACCUAGAAGAUGAUGACUUUGAGGAGAUUGAGGAGCUGCUGCAUGAGAAGAAAAGACAUCCUGAAGAAAUGGGAUUUUUGGAAAAGGCCAAGCUGUCUAUACAUAAUUUAGUACAGCGAGUUGGAUUCUUUGGCAUUUUGGCCUGUGCUUCAAUUCCAAACCCAUUGUUUGAUCUUGCUGGAAUCACUUGUGGUCAUUUCCUCAUCCCAUUCUGGACAUUCUUUGGGGCUACCCUCAUUGGCAAAGCUAUUGUCAAAAUGCAUAUUCAGAAACUGUUUGUUAUAUUUAUAUUCAGUGCUCACCAUGUGGAGCAGGUUGUUAGGCUGAUUGGGUAUAUUCCCCAUUUUGGACCUCUGGCCCAGAAGCCAUUUACCGACUACUUGGAAAAACAAAAACAGAAACUCCAUCAUAAGCCAGGUGUUGGUCAGGAUGAUGGGGGUGGCAACAUUUUGUCCUGGUGUUUUGAGAAGCUUGUCAUGGUGAUGGUGGUGUACUUUGUCCUCUCUAUAUUCAACUCCAUGGCCCAGAGCUACCACAAGAGACUAUGCAAGAGCAAACGUGCCUCCAGCAAGACUGCCAUCCACUGAACUCUCUCCCUGUGGAUCUGAAACGAGAUUAGUUUUUCUUUUUUUUUUUUAAUCAGACAUCAGAUUUUUUUUUUUUGUUUCUCUCUGCAUAAAAAUUAUUCAAUAUUUUUGAUGCAAGGUGUAAAAUUGACUGGUGACUGAGUUCACUUAUCCAGACUGGGAUAAAGUUUGUUUUGAUACAAGCUGAUCCAGUUGUUUUGUAGAAUAUUAACUUAUUGAUAUGGUCCCUGAACCUUUCCCUAUGAACAAUCCUGUAUAUUUGUAUACACUUUUCUCUAUCAUACUGGAAGGAUGGUUUGGAGGAAAUGUUUGUUUUAAUUUAUGAUUGGUAACUUAAUACAUGUUUUUUUAAGCAAGUCCCGUGGGUUGUAUUGAUAAUCAUGAUAAUCAUCUUCUUGUGUUGUGUGUCAUGGAAAAAAGUGGAGGCAUUCACCUUAGCCUUCUAUUUUCAGUCUUGUUUUAGCCUUGGUUAUUUCUUCCAUGUUUUCUUUCAUUGUUCUGGGUUUAAAAAUUAUAAGAUUUAUUAUUGUUCUCAUACUUUUUGUCAGUCGAGUUUUGCGUUUAAUUUUAAAGAUGAGAUUUAAACUGGUUUAUUUUUUCUUGAUAUUUCGACCAUUCUAGUUCAGUGAUUGUAUGGAAGGUGGAUUUUUUUCUCAAUGAAUCACAACUAGAGUUGUCUUUCAUCAGAUUGUAUCAUUGUAUUUUGCUCAGUAUCAAUGGUAUUGUCAGUCACAUCAGUCUGUAUAGUUAAUCUUGGACAUCAAACUUUGAAAUGUACCCAGCAUGGCGAGGCAGCAAAGUAAUUUUCAUAUUGAAACACUUUGUAACUACAGGAUAAAUUGAAUAACAAGUGUUGGACCAACUACGUUUACUUAUAAUUGGCCAGUUUUUGUUCAAUGAAUGUAUUUUUUUUACACCAAUUUGCAAAAAAUUAUACAUAUCACACCAUUUUUUUUAAAAUUACUUUUUUUGUGAUUGUAAUUUUAUGGAAAUAUAGAACUUUAAAACAACAUGCUACUGUAGUGCAAUGAUAGCCAUCUUUUUUAAAUUAACAUUAAUGCAAUAAAAAAAUUGUUGUUUACUAUCAUUAAUUUCGUCGGUCUAGAACAAUCUGAUGGAAUUGUUAGUGUUGAUAAAGUGUAUUCUUAUAACCAGGAAGUUUCUGUCUUGUUGUGUAUGUGUAUCCUAGAAUCUGUAGCAUAGAGCUUGUGUACAUAGCACUCUACCAAUAGCUUGUUUUUGAUGGAGAAGAGAACUUGCAUUCCAUGUAAUUCCAUUUUGUUGUGUAUAUUUUUCAGUUAACCAUUCUUCAUCAUGCAUUUAUAUAUGGAUUGAGUUUAAUGUUGUGUUACAGCCGUGCUUGAUUUCUUUUCUAUAUAAAAUCAUUGGUUAACAUAUGAAGCAAUAUUAUCUUAGUGUGUAUGAUGUAAUGUUUUGGGUUAGGUUAAAGGUUAGCCUGGUCUUAUGUUAAAGUGUUACACACGCAUGCGUUGUGAUAAAGGCAAACAGUAUUUGGUUUCAUUUGUAGCAGUUGAGUUGUUUCAGAUGUGUGGUGGUUUUCUUGCAUGAAUCAAACAAAUCUCAAUGAUCUCAACCCUGGCAUUGGUUGGUUGCUUUGAGUGGCUGGUCUAAAACAGUAUUGCUUUAAGUCUAGGUGCUUUGUGUGUUGGGGCAUCUCUUUGAUUAGCUGGUCUUAAACAUUGCCGGCUUUAGUCUAGUUGGUUUGUGUGGCUGGUCUAAAGCAGUGCUGGUCAACAUGUUUGUGUGUGUGUAGGGCAUCUCGUUAAGUGGCUGGUCUAAAACAGUAUUGCUCUAAGUCUAGGUGGUUUGUGUGUAGGGCAUCUAUUUGAGUGUCUGGUCUUAAACUGUUCAAAAAGUGAGGCAGAUGCUCCAUCAUGUUGUAUUAUUUGUCAUGUUGCUAGCUACAAGACAAUCCUCAGUAUCCCGUAUAAUACAUGUCAUUUAAUAUAACCCGUUAUAACAGGAAAAUAUAUUGUCAUUUAUUAUAAAACUUGUUAGUUUAAUUCAAAGAAUGUUUGCUCAUAUCAGAUCUCUUAGGUUAACUGCAGAUAUCUGUCACUCAAUGCUUACUGCCUGGCUGUACAAGUGUGUGUUGAUGUUUCGAUGGAAUAAGUGUACAAUCUAUCAUCACUGACUAAUGUACUGAAAUGUUUUGUGUUGGUACUUCUGUCCUGAUGAACUCUGACUUGUACAAUCUAUCAUCACUGACUAAUGUACUAUUUGUGUUUACUGCCUGUACAAGUGUGUGUUGAUGUUUCGAUGGAAUAAGUGUACAAUCUAUCAUCACUGACUAAUGUACUGAAAUGUUUUGUGUUGGUACUUCUGUCCUGAUGAACUCUGACUUGUACAAUCUAUCAUCACUGACUAAUGUUCUAUUUGUGUAUACUGCCUGUGUGUUGGUGAACUCUUACAUGCACAUCUAUCAUCACUGACUUGGCUAUCUCUAAUGUACUGACCAUGUAGCUACUGCCUCUCUGUGUGUGUUUAUGAACAAAUCUGAGAUUUCCAUCUAGAGUUAUCUCCCAGCCCCAUGAAACCUGUGAAGCUUUCCAUUCCUUACCUGUUUUGUUUAUAUUUUUUCAGUCCAAACCUUUUGAUUUGUGUAAUUGUUUUGUUUAUGUUGAGAGGAAGCACCAGGGUGGGCCAUUUUUUUUUUUCUUAAUUAGACAUCAAUUUAUCUUUUUUUUUUUCAAAUUUUACUUAAAUUGCAACAUGUCAUGUUUAAUUAGUUUAUUGUUGAAUUAUUGAUUUAUAAAAACAUCUUGUAUUUAAACAUUUUUAGUAACACAAAUUGUAAUUUGAAGGAGUUUUGUUUUCUGCUUAGCAGAUUUUCUACGUUAGGCUGAGAAUGUGUCAGAUGAUUUAUGGUUUUUUUUACUUGUGCGAUCAAGCUGUUGGUGAGUUGUGUUGGCCUAAACAGAACAAUUAAACAAAUUCAUUUUA